AUGUCUUCGUCACUAUACCAGCCGAGGCCUGUCCUAUCCUCGCAGAGAUACUCGCAGUCGCCGGAUUACGUCGACGGCCGCCGCAGCAGCAGCAGCGCCAGCGGCGUCCACGUCCCCGGACGUAUGCCUCUGCGCGAGUCCACUGGCAAUGCACAGGCGCAUAGCUUCAACGGCGGCAUCGUCGCCUGCUAUCAGAGCCCGGUGACGUUGUCACCGUCCAUGCAGCCCAACAUCCCGGCCCCCAUGGUGCCGUCCCAGUCCUUCGACUGCCUGUACAGAGUCCCGACGCCUCGCCAGCAGCCUCGUUACCAGAGGAAGCCUCGCCACGUCAACCCCCUCUACUACUGGCCUGCCUUUAGGCAGUACCGCAACAGGCAAGCCCACAAGGAUACGCAAAAGGACAAGGGCGGCGUCUGGCGUCGACCGGAGCUCGAGGAUGCCUUUGUUGACUCUGUUCUGCUCAUGCCCCAUAUGGGCCGGCGCAAAUUCUCCAUGGGGGGUAAGCUUCACGGGCGCAACAUGCUCAUCAGCGAGUACAUCUUUGUGAUUUGUGUGGCACUGCUUGGCAGCAAAGAGAUCUUCCGCAUCGACAACAGCAACGAGAGCAUCGAGCAGAUGGGGCGCAAGCAGGUGUCGAGUCACAUGCAGGUCGUCAAGAAGUUCUUCGAGGACCUCCGUUGCUUCCACUUUCUCUUCCCAUCUGAGGAGAAGAAGGAGCCCGGCUCCACCAACUCGGAUGACUACUACGACGAGGAGGAACAGGAGUCGUUCAAGUCCAACCCGGUCCUGACAGCAUUGGCCGAGGGUAGGGUCCCUGAUGUCAAGCCCAACUACGACUACUUCUCCCAGCUUUUGGCCCUGCAGUCCUCCAUCUGCGUGCGGCCCAAGACUUGCGAGGUCUUUGUCUCAUCGUCGGACAUUAAGAUCCGGGACGACGUGGCCUACGACGCCCACGACAACCCGUUGGAUCAGGCUUCGUUCCCCCACCUCAACAAGUACACCAACUGCGACGACAGCCCUAAUGUCCUGGGCAAGGACGUGCUGUUGCACGAAUACACCCGCUCCCUGGACCGCACCACUUCGGCAUGUGUCAAGUCGGUCACGCGCCGGUGGCAAAAGGAUGCGCCAGCCAUGUACGAGACGUUGGACCUCCCGUCGCGCGACGAAGACUGUCUGCUCCUGGAGAUGUGCUCGACCAUUGAACUCCACGAACAUGCCAAGUUCCCGUCGGGCUCAGAGCUGACGGGCUUCGUCGAGGUGGCCAUCACGCAGCCCGCUCUGCAGACGCACCGCUGGAAGUGCAUCACGCGGCUGACGCGGCCCGCCGAGCUGCAUAGCGACGACGGCAAGCAGGGUGUCUACACCAAUGACAGCGGCAUCCACCGCCGAGGCUGCAGCGACUCCAAGAACGACUGCGACUGCCACACGCGGCCCCGGCCGGACAUCCACGUUCCGUUCCCCGCGGUCGAGUGGGCCAGCAUCCUGAGCAUGGCGGUGCAGUAUCCCGACGCAGAGCACCAGCGCAUGAAGGAAAAGCGGCGGCGCAAUGCCGAGGGCGACAAGAAGGACGUCGAGCGGGCCGGCAGCAAGCGCAAGCGGUCCGAGGACGAGGGCGACGCUGCCUCGUGGGCGCGCCGAGAGUCGACGGGCAGCGACCUCAUCUGCAAGGUGGCCAUGUACCAAGAGCUGUGGUCCUGCGCGCCCGACUCGACGCAGUGGACGCGCCAGGCUAUCAUCUUCUGGCGCUUCAACACGACGAACCAGUGGCACAAGUACAACCCGGUCUUCAAGCCCGCAGGGACGACGUGGCGGUGGCUCACCAUCAACGACCCCAUGUCGCGCUACCACCAGCAGAAGGCACUCGUAUACCCGACGGCAGGUGUGCCCCGGGAUGCCAUCAUGUCGCCGACGCCGACCAUCAGCCAGCAUCUUACGGCGGCUAUGAAUGAGACGUUCAACGCCUGGGACAACGGUGGCAGCAACGGCAGCAGCCAUCACCACCACCAGCAACACCAGCACCACGGCCCACCGCAUGUGCCUCCGCUGCAGACGUCGAGCACGAGCCUGGGCCUCUUUGACUCCUUCUCGGGUGGACUGGCUACGCCGCCGCCGACAGCGACCAUUCCCGGUGCGUACUCGACGAGCAGCAGCUUCGACGCGGGGAUGAGCUCCAACGGGGGCGUCAGCUUCCUGCCGAGCACCGCGGCGGGCAGCGCGAGCGACAGGCAGUCGUCGCUGAGCAGCAGCCAGACGUACUUUGACGGACAGUCAUCCUUUGGCGACGUGAAGCCCAUGACCAACGGGGUUGGCUCCUACAUGGGCGCCGCGGCGACGACGGCGCUGGACCUGCCCAGCCAGCUUGUGUACGACAGCUCGGGGUGCGACACUGGCAGCAUGCCGGGCUGGGACAUUGGGGCCCUCGACGGCUGGACGGGCACCGCGUCGGGCCCGUCGAGCGCGACGACGGAAUGGGGGCCGACGCCCAAGAUGGAACCGCAGGGCGGACAUCACGCGGCGGCUAUGUGGGCGCCGCCGCAGUGGCCGGUUAUGACGGCCGGGUCGGCGCCUGGCUCGCACGAGCGCGGCGGGAGCCCGAGGCCGAUCAAGAGGCGGAGGGACGCCAUCGACAGCCACGUGCCGGUCACGGCUGGAUGGUGA